CCCGACUGGUGAGUAUCGCGUAGAAGCGGGUUUCAUCCUUCAUUGUUCAUAAAAGAGGGUGCAUGUACCUUGCUGUGGCGUUGAUCAUUAUAAUCGCGAGUUUGGUCAAACUCCAAGAAUUAUUUCAGUAUCAAUAUGCACCGCCUCGAGGCUAUAUUGUGUCUGCUAAGCGUCGUCGGAACUAUGGGAUUCCGCCCCCAUGGUUCUAUUGGGGGAGAGGACCACUUCACGCUUACCGAAGCGUGGCUACGUGAGGUCGUGAGUCGGAUGGGCAAAGACUUCAACGACGGCGGUACAUCCUACCUUGAAUUCCCUCCCAACGAUCGGCAGCUGAAUAUGAUGGCCAGGGCCAAUAAAGAGCAGGAGCAUGAACAGCUCGACUACGAAUCCCUCGUUGAUGGCAACCCUAACCCCAGCCUUCGUGAUCAGGAAUAUCUGCAGCAUAGCUCUCUCUGGGGCCACCAAUACGUCACUGGCGGGGCCAGCGAAGUGGUGCCUAAUCACCAAGUGAUCAAAACUGACGCUGUUCUGCCCGCCUACUGCAACCCACCAAAUCCUUGCCCUGUUGGAUACACUGAGGAGCAAGGCUGCAUCAGUGAGUUCGAGAACACCGCAGCGUUCAGCCGCGAGUACCAGCUGUCCCAGCGCUGCAUGUGUGACGGCGAGCACAUGUUCAGCUGCCCUGAGGAGUCCUCCUCCGACCUCGACCUGCACUUCCCCGACCCCCACAAGAAUCUCGUCGCCAAAAAGUUCCAACCAGAAGUUAGUGCACCCUCUCUUUUCCAAGAAAUCAAACGCUCAGUCCGCGAGUGGCUGGACCACUUCUACAAGCUCCGAAUGUCCGGCGGCUGCAGGUCUUGCCCGCUGUAAACAUCACGCCGUCAGAUGAUUAACGAAUUUCGUGCUAUUUGCACUCGCGACUUAUUGAUAGAACUAAUUAGAUAAUAAUUUAUUCACAUCGGUAAAACCUUACAAACCGCUUUGAUUGCUUUUCUGUCAAACCGCCAAAAUGUGAUUUUUUCUUGUAUCCAUAUACAGUCGUCAGCCUAAUAAAUACUCAUUGUAAACAAUGUUUUAGGUGGAGAAUCCUUUUCUAUUCGGUGAACGACUACCGAUAGCUGCGAAAAAAGGAUUUGACGUGCACGUUUACUAGAAUGUCCAAAAUAUACAAUUUCUAUCCAUAUUGUUAUUAAACCCUUGCUAUAUUUUACUAAAUAAUUUUGGAAAAAAAAUGAGUCACAUAAAAAUGUGAUUCGACGUUACUUCAAAAGUUUCGGAAAUAUGUAGAAUUUACAGUCUUUUAACUGUUAGUUAAGGUACAGAUUGAUGUCUAAUGAUAAUUUAUUAAGUAAUUCCAUUGCAACCUCAUAAGAGAUAAGUAAGUAUUCCAACAUUAUCUUCUGUUUUGUUCAGUUUCCAAGACUGAAAAAGUGGGAUAUGGUUAGUGGUGAGAGUGUAAAGGCUGAUUUACAUUGAUCCAUUUACUGGCACCAGGGUCGAAAAAGCCACACGCAUGUCUCGCAGCUCAUGCCAGUGGCAUUAGAUCCGACAGUGUCCAACAAUCGACAGCUUCAAACGCUUUUAAAAAUUCAUCUGAUGCUGAUUGAGAGCAAUCAUUGUAAACAGGAAGCGUGCAUAUGAAAUUUAAAAUCACCAAAUUACGCUAUCACGCAUAAACAUUGUUUGCAAAUGUUUCCACUCUUCUUUUCUGUGUAACACAAAUUUGUAACGAUGCGAUGCAAUGUCACCGGAAUAAAGUAAAAAUUACUAUGACUACUGGACGAGUGCAAACUACGCAAUCCAAUGUCUGUGCCAGUGCACUGUGCAACGUAAGAAUCCAGUGAUUAUUCUACUCAUUGGCUUCAUCCACCACCUAUUGUAUCAUUGUAUAUCAGCCUUAAAUCAUGUUACUGUAUAGGCAUGAAAUAUAUUUUAAAUUUUUCUUCUUACUAUUAUUAGAAAGUUUAUUUUACGUGAUUUUAUUCAAAGCUAUUUUUUGGAAUCUUUUCAAAUUUUCUAUACGUAAUUUUUUUCAUAUUUUCAAUUAAUAUAAGUGAACCCUAAACUCGUCGAUGUAGCUAAGUGAUAUAUUUUCGUAAAAAUUAAUUUAUAUUUGAUAAUAUACCUAGGAAUUAAAUAUCUAAAAUAUAAUCAUAUGUAAUAAAAUAUUUAAUAAGUAAAAUAAUAUCAUUGUUUUAUAUAAUAUGAAAUACGAUUAUGUGAAACAAUGGAGUACACAACGGGACAGAAGCAACCAAAUAUAAUGUAGUAGUAUCUAAUAAAAAUGGGAGAUAACUGAAAAAUAAAAUGUACAGACCACCGUGAGAACAUACCCCAUGUAUUAGCUAUAAGUAGGACGGUAAUAUUUCAUACUUGUAUAUAUAGUAAAAGAUCGAGCAGCAUUUGAAAGUCAGUUGUAGAUUAUAAUAAUAAUAAAAGUCCCGAUAGGGCAUCAACUCAAAGCACCAUUAGAUAGGAUAUUCGUGAAAUGGGUGAUUCCAACAAAAAAUGUACAGAAGAACAUAAUUUAAACCCCAUUUAUUAAUUAAGAUACGUAAGGUAUAUU